AUGGCCUUAUUGUCAAACGCCCAAAUACUCAGAUCGCACUCAUCAGACUUAAAAGCAGAGUACUUACGAAAACUCAACGAACUCGAGCUUGAAAAAGAAGAAGCAGAAUACUACAAACGAAGUUACAAACGCAAAGUAGAAAAGCUUAACCAAGAAAAGCGGAACUAUCAAGCCAAAGUUGCUGAACUUGCAAUCAGAAUGACCCCAAACCACACCGAAGAAUCAAGCAGCGACAAAUCCUUUGACUUUGAAGACUGUCCUAUACCUUUUCAAAAUGGCGAACGAGAACCAAAAGAAAAUUUCCACGAAAAAGAGGAAGAAGAAGCUUUAGCUAGGGAGCGAGAAGCUUUAAAUGAGCUUAAAGAGCAAGUUGAGCAAGAGUUGUCAAAACUUCGAAGGGAAAAGCAUAAACUUUCAGUCCAUCAAAGGAUUUCUAUGCAGUCUCAAAGCAAGUUCAGCGACUACAAUCGACCAAUAGAAAUAACACGAAAUAAAAUUUUGAGCAAAUGUGGAAGCCUGGAUAAAAUAAACAGUCCUGAACCUACUGAUUUGGAACAAGAACAGCGAGAAAUCGAGCAAGUAAGAAUCACGCUUGCGCAGAAGCAAAAAAUACUAGAGGAUGCAUAUAAAAAAGUACAAGAAGAAAGAGCAGCUUUGGAAAAAGAUAAAAAAGAAUUCGAAGAAAAAGUGUCAGGAUUUAUUAAAACCGGAGAAAAAGUGAAAAUGACACCUAAAACAACUCCGAAAGUUCCAAAAAGUCCUUUGAGGUUUAGAGAAAUAAAUCAAUCAGCGGCGAGGCUGAUAUUUUAA